UUCAGUACGCCCCUUCGGUGCGUGACAGCAGCGCCCUUUCCUUUUACGCUUUUGCCAGUCCCAACAUGGCCGCCUGGUUCACGUCGUUCUGACGCGCCUCUCAGGUUUCGGAGUCAUUGUGCUGUUUCCUGCCCCGCACUGAGCUGAGGAGGAAGAGGAAGCGAGGCGCAUAGUGACAGAGGGGGUGGACACAGGUGAGCGGAGAUUUGUUUCGUCUGUACCGAAAUAGUCAUAUGCCAUGGACAGGUAACAGAGACUUGGGCUUAGUAACUAAGAAAGGGUGUCAGCAGAAUGACAGAGUGCUUUCUGCCUCCGGCCAGUAGCCCAAGUGAACAUCGCCGGGCUGAACAUGGUAGCGGUUUGGCAAGAACCCCCAGUUCAGAGGAGAUCAGCCCCACAAAAUUCCCUGGACUGUACCGCACUGGUGAGCCCUCGCCUCCUCACGACAUCCCUUAUGAGCCCCCAGACAUUGUGUCCGAAGAUGAGAAAGACCAUGGCAAGAAGAAAGGAAAAUUCAAGAAAAAGGAAAAGAGGACGGAGGGGUAUGCUGCAUUUCAAGAGGACAGUUCUGGGGAUGAAGCUGAAAGCCCAUCAAAAAUGAAGAGAUCUAAGGGAAUCCAUGUAUUCAAGAAGCCCAGUUUUUCCAAGAAGAAAGAGAAAGAUUUCAAAAUAAAGGAGAAACCAAAAGAAGACAAGCACAAGGAAGAUAAGCACAAAGAAAAGAAGUCCAAGGACCUGACUGCAGCAGAUGUAGUCAAACAGUGGAAAGAGAAGAAGAAAAAAAAGAAGCCCACUCCUGAGCCUGAGUCUCUCCCUGUGGAUAUCCCCAGGCUGAGGCCUAUGUUUGGCAUUCCUCUGGUUGAAGCUGCAGAGCGCACCAUGAUGUAUGAUGGGAUAAGGUUACCAGCAGUAUUUAGGGAAUGCAUUGACUACAUAGAGCAACAUGGGAUGAAAUGUGAAGGCAUCUACAGAGUGUCUGGAAUAAAGUCGAAGGUGGAUGAGCUAAAGGCAGCUUAUGACAGAGGGGAGUCUCCAAACCUGGAGGAUUAUGAGCCAUACACAGUGGCAAGUUUAUUAAAGCAAUACCUGCGGGAGCUACCAGAAAAUGUGCUGACCAAAGAUCUAAUGCCACGGUUUGAGGAGGCGUGUGGCAAAAGUACAGAAGGGGAGAGGCUGCAGGAGUGUCAGCGCUUAUUGAAGGAACUGCCAGAAUGCAACUUCUGCCUGACUUCAUGGCUAAUAGUGCACAUGGACCAUGUCAUAGAGAAGGAACUUGAAACAAAAAUGAACAUACAGAACAUUUCUAUUGUGCUGAGCCCUACUGUUCAGAUUAGUAACCGUGUCCUGUAUGUGUUUUUUACACACGUCCAAGAGCUCUUUGGCGGAAUCCAGAUAAAGCGAGUGAUUAAGCCUUUGCGCUGGUCUAACAUGGCAACCAUGCCGACAUUGCCUGAAACACAGGAAACAAUCAAGGAGGAAAUUCGGCGGCAGGAGUUUCUUUUAAACUGUUUACACCGGGAACUUCAGGCUGGAAUAAAGGACCUGUCCAAAGAAGAGCGGCUCUGGGAGGUGCAGAGGAUUCUGACUGCGCUGAAAAGGAAGCUCAGAGAAGCAAAAAGACAGGACUGUGAAACAAAGAUUGCACAGGAAAUUGCCAGCCUCUCCAAAGAGGAUGUUUCAAAAGAAGAAAUGACAGAAAAUGAAGAAGAGGUUCUCAAUAUACUACUUGCACAGGAGAAUGAGAUUCUGACAGAGCAGGAGGAACUUGUGGCAAUGGAGCAGUACCUUCGUAGACAAAUUGCUACAGAAAAAGAAGAAAUAGAGCGCCUCAGAGCAGAAAUUUCUGAAAUUCAAAGCCGCCAACAACAACACGGUCGAAGUGAAACAGAAGAGUAUUCCUCAGAGAGUGAGAGUGAAAGUGAGGAUGAAGAUGAACUACAAUACAUUUUAGAAGAUCUGCAGAGGCAGAAUGAAGAGCUGGAGGAACACUGGGAUACAAGCCAGGAUCUCUGCUGGGUUCUUAGACUUACGUUCUGUCUCUUUCAUCAGAUCAAGAAUAAUCAUUUAAACCAGGCAAUUCAUGAGGAAAGAGAGGCCAUCAUUGAGUUGCGGGUGCAGCUCCGGUUGUUACAGAUGCAGCGUGUGAAAUGUGAGCAGCUGCAGGAGGAAGAAGAGCUUGGGAAACACAGUGUCCGAUCCCAGCUGCCGAGAGACAACCUCCCCGAAACAAAAGCCCCAAAAGAUCAGCCAAAAGCAUUGAAGGAGCAGAUGAGACCAUCGCCAAAUAAAGACUGGAAAGAAACUCUCAUCUGAGAAUAACCCCCCCCCCCCCAUGACAUAAAGACAUUUCUCCUUACUAACCCAUUGAAUUCCUUACUGUGCUUUGCAACACUUGUGCCCUUGUUUGUGGGGAGGCUUUCAUACACAACAUGUCCUCCACCCCUGCCUGGGCUUAGGUUCCUACUAAACUGAACACAUAAUGAAUACAAACAUUCUAGGGCAGCGGUGGGGAACAAAAGGGGAGUAUCUAUUUUCCUUAAGGAGAACUUGUAUCUAGUGUAUCUAUACUCACUGGGCCAUGUGGUUAUGAAAAUAAAAUUGCUUUGUUUUUACUAUUACUGAUUUUAUAUACUGUUUUAUGGGCUCAACAAACAAGGCAACGGUUAUUUAUUCAGGGCGGGCAACCUAAGGGAUUUUUUUUAUUUGAAUCUUUCCUUUUUUAUUCUAAAAGCAGGGACCUUGCAGCUGUGAGUGCAGCAUCUCAAGACUACUAUUAAUUUAUACUCACAUUUUGGCCUCUCGGCUGCCAUUUUCUUGGUCUGGUGACUCCCCACUGUUUUAUGUACAGCUGGCACUGAGCUAGUGUUUGGGAAACCUUGCAACACCAGCAAACCAGUUCUUUUCCUUUGUGCUAGCAUCCUUUUGUAUGGGGAAUAAACAAACAUUUUGUUUUCAUGCUCACAUAUUCUAUGACAGAGUAUUAAGAGUGAGUUCUCCUUAAGGCAUAGUCUGAUAUUGCAAACACCCUGCUAUCAGACUGGUUCUGCUACAACAGAAGCGUGUUGACCCCCUCAUCCCCUUUCAGUGUGUGGAAGCGGCAGCUAGGCUUGCUAUGGAUUCGGGGGAAAUGCGUUUUCAGCUUUGAUACUGCAAAAUCAUUUGCUUCAGUCACCUGCGUUCCUCUGCAGGUUUAUUCAUCUCAUAGGGGCUGAUUCACUGAGAAACAUGUUGCAUUGCACCAGUGCAUCUGCCUGUGGCAACCAGUCAGAUAUUUGCUUUCAUUUUCUAACUGCUAGUAGCCUGAUCUAAACUAACUGCUGACUGGUCGCUAUGGACAACUGCACUAUGUUCAUAACUGAGCCCUCUGCCGACAAGAUGUAAAUGUGAAAAAGAAAGCUUAAACAAGCACUAUGACCUGUGAAUCCCUUUGUAAGGUGAAUGUGGUCGCCCAGGGUCAAAGUAGUCGCUCUUGUGUCAUCGGGCACAGAAGGCUGCUCUGCGUGGCACAAUAUACAGCAAUAGGUCUCUACAAAUCACUUUGUACGGACAACCUCUCCUUGUUUCUAUAGCUGAAAAUCUUCUUGACAUACUUGGUUAUAGAGCGGUGCAGCCUAGAACAUUUUUUAAGUGAGUACAGUGUUAGUAUGAGGGGUAAUCAGUGUUAUGUUGUGUAUGGAAGGCACGAGGCAAGAAUCCCUGUCCAUUCAACUGUUUCCUAAGAUGUUUUGUCUUGAAACAAAAUUCUCACUCUUUUCCUCUCAUUACUGUUUGUUGAAGAUCUUGCAUUUCCAGCCUCAGGUACUGGUGACUAUGAUGGCCUAAAUCCAUGCCAGUGUUUCCAUUGGAUGAAUAAAUGGCACUAUGACAAGCAAUGCAGUGGUUGUAGGAACAUUCAAUUUAUUGUAGCACCUUUACUGAGCUUCUAAAUUAAAGGAAUGAUAUUGUUCUGUAUUUAUAUCAACACUGAAAGGGUAAUAGUAUUUAACCCUAAUAACUGGAAUGCAACGUUCUAAGGAACAGAUCUCCCUAUUCAAGUGCAGGAAUGAGGAUUUGAAUGAAGCCCUGCCCCAUUACCUGCCUCACGUUCUUCUGCAUCACUGACAGCUGCCAGUCGGCUGAAAAACUGUCCCUCUUCUGCCUGUUCCAUAUUUUGUACUUACUAAGCUUAUUCUGGCAUUGGUUCCUAAACAAGAUUGCCACAUCUGUGUUUUCUGCUUCCCACCUUUUUGUAGGACUUUUAGUUCAUGUUUCUUAAAGCAUCGUUCAACAAAGCAAAUAAAGCAUCCAUUUUAAACUGCA